GAUCUUCAGUUGUGACUCCCCAGGGUGAGAGAAAUGCAUUUCCUGGGCUACACGGUGAAGAUUUUUCCUGACCUCAAGUUUUUAGGGAGCCAGAAAUCUCCAUGGGCCGCUGCUACUUCUCAUGAUGAUCAUGAUAUCCUGCCUGGGAACGAUGCCAUCUGUUUUGACCCAGCCGUCGAUGCCCUGGCUGCUUCUGUUGUAAGGCGAGGGGCAAGGCCGAAAGGCAGCCCUCGAGUUCAGGGUCCGACUGCUUUUCCUGCUUUGAGAGGGCGGAGGGGGUGGGUGAGCCUGAGCUGCUCUCCCUCCCCUCCCUUCCAGAAGGAACCCAUAGGCAAAAUCUUCUCAGUGCCCUGCAGUUCUCACUGCACUCCCCGCUGGCCACUGGGCAGGGCCAGCCAUCCUUCCUGCCAGGGCCCCAGGGCCUCACCUCGCUCAUCCCGAGGUGAGACGCGGGCCUCCCUUGCGGGGGACAAAAUGGCAUCGGGGAGAGGAGAAACAGCUGCCCUUCACCUCCAGCUGCAGGGGGCUGCCGAGCCGAGCCCGCGGCCGGCCAUGAAGAUGGAGGACACGGCUGUGCAAGAGAUGGGGCGGGGCGGAGUCUCGCGCUUCCUUCAGAUCGGGUCCACGCGGGAGUUCUUAUCUGGAGAGGCUUCGCGCCACGUCAAACAGGAGCCGGAUGAACUUCUCCCGCCCCAUCAAUGGGCUCCCCCGAGGCAGGAGUUUUCUCCAUCGGGGUGGAGAAACUCGGCUCUACCCAAACCCCUAACGUGGGACACUAGCUCUUUCCAGGCCCCAUACGAGGCUCCGGCCAACCCAAGCCCGUGGCCCUCGGGAGGAUGGGGAGGACAGACUCUGGCCAGCCUGAGCAGGGGGACUCAAACGGUCUAUAGCAGCCAGGAGCACCAAGAACGGAGGACCUACCGGGGCCUCAAGGAAGAGCCUCCGAACGAAGGGACGGUCGGCGUAGAGAUCCGGCGCCAGCGUUUCCGGCGGCAUCGCUACCAAGUGGCUGAGGGCCCCCGCGAAGCCUGCAGGCAGCUGCAGGAGCUUUGCCACGAGUGGCUCCAGCCAGAGAGACGCACCAAGGAGCAGAUCCUGGAGUUGCUAAUCCUGGAGCAAUUCUUGACCAUCCUCCCCCAGGAGAUGCAGAGCUGGGUCCGAGAACGGGGGCCGGAGACCUGCAGCCAAGCAGUGGCUUUUUCGGAAGAGUUCCUGGUGCAGCAGAGAGAGACCCAAAGGAAAGAGACACAGGUGAUGUGGUCCUUCGAGGAGUUGAUGUUGAACCCUACCCGGCCACCAUCUGUCCAGUAUCCUGCCAUGACACAGCAGGUCCCUUACCCCACGGUGGCACUGCCCAUGCAGUACCCACCCUUGGCACCACAGUCCCAGUAUCCUGCCAUCGGACAGCCGGCCCCCCAUCCCAUUGUGGCGGAGCGAAUGCCAGCAGAUGCUCGGCAGAGGAUGAUCGGCAGGAAGUCCGUGGCAGAUGAUGGCGCCACCCUCCGCCCUUACGGGCCUAUCCAGGAGUUCCGGAGGCCCCUCACCAAUGCCGAACGGAUGAGGAACCGGAGGAUGAGGAACCGGAAGCAGCGCUUGGAGACCAGCAUGCAGCUGGUGGAGUCGGCCUCCCGGGCCCCCUCCAUGCUGUUGGAUGCCAUGCGGGGCCUGCACUGUCACGAUCUGAAGGCCUUUGACAGGGCCAGGCAGGAGGAAAGGCAGCACCGCAAACAGGAACGGCGGCAGGAUCGAGCCACGGCGCAGCUGAUGGUCGACGCCAUUAAACGCUCCCACAGCGACCUGGGGGAGUUCCUGGGAAGGCAGACCUCCGCCAUGGCUGCCAUCGCGGAGGUCUUUACGGGUCAGAAGUCACCCGCCCAGAGCACCCACACCAACUACAGCUCUUACUCAGGGCACAGCAACCCGCCCUGGGGUCCUCCAGAGCCUGGAGCUCCAGUACCAUCCGGCCAUGUCCCCGGCAUGCCUUCCGAGCCGGUAACCGGUCCAGUUAUUCCCUGCCCGGUGGCUCCGGUGGCUCUGCCUGGUGGCAGCGGUGACCCAGUCCUGGAGCCGUCUCCCACCGAUGGACCAAGCGAGGCUGCUGCGCCCGACUCCCCAAAGCCUUCCACCUCUGAUGCCACUUCCCGUGGUCUUGAUGGCAGGCCCAGCAGGGGCACCAAAAGGAAGACGUGGGACUGAGGACUCGUAACUCGCUCUUUAAAAAAAAGUAGUUUUUUUUUUAGGCCCAUUUCAUUUCCAGUUGCCACCCUGGCAAACCCCACUAUGUCUCCCUGUCCGUAGUGUGUUAGGAGGACAGCCCAUCUUAUCUAUGCAAGGAAGCAUAAGGCAAAGCUUCAGGCCCAUAGGAAGGAUUGCUGUGGGCUUCCGAGUCCAUGGGAUUACGGAUUAUAAAAGAGAGAAAGCAGCAGAUAGCCUGAUCUGUUGCAGAUGGAUUAGGAGUGCAGCUUUGGGGCAAGUGGCAUCUGCCCAUCUGCAAAAUAGGAAUAACCAACCCGCGUUUACAUAGUCACUUAAAAAGAAGAUACUGUAAAGGUCAAUUUACUUCUCCGGUAAUUAAAAGGAGGCGGUGAAAAUUGUAAGCUCUUCAAAUGACCACAAGAGGCUCUAUUCGUCUGUCCAUUUCUCAGUUACAAUUUAUUUAUUGUAUUUAUUGUAUACACGAAUAUACACACACACACACAUAUACUGCCUAAUAAUAGUGAAAAACCAAGUUGGUUCCAACAAUCAAAACACAGGCUUGCAAAGUUAAAAUAGCGAUGUGGGUGGUGGUGGUGGAAUAAAGUGUUUACCGAGCUGCUGCUUCAAAUAAGAUUCCUUUUAUACCCAUUUUGCAGAUGGGAGGGCAGGGAGUGAGGCUGAGGCUUUGAGGUGUGCCAAAUGUUUUCGCAUCUGGAUCUUAGAAAGGUCUCAUCCCGACCUCAAAAGUGGUGGCUCUGACUUCAUGGGCAGAUCCUUGUAAACCUCUGGAAUAAUCUCCCACGUUUCUGGGAGAUCAUAAGUCAGGCUGGAUCUCUGAAAACAUUUAACCUUUCUCUCCUGAGUCUCAGUUGGGUUGGGCUGUUUGUUUUUCCAGAUUCUAAUACCUUUUUUUUUUUUAAUGCACCGUUUGAUUCUACAGUGGUAAAGGGCAUCUUGAAAUAAAUGGCUGUUUCUGUUAGGAUAGCUUUAUAUUUUCUAAUGUAAAGAGUUCCCAGCCUUGUUUUUACCCUGCUUUUGCUGAGAAAUUAGGGCUUUUCCUCCACUUCAAAUCCAGUAAACUGAACAUUAACCAUCCUGUUGCCUUGAUUCCGGAUGUAGUAUUUUUAGACCUGUUGAAACAGAAGGCAAAAGAACCAUGGCUUCCCUUGUCCGUUUCUUGUUUGUCUGUUCAUUUUUUUAAAAAAACUCACUUUGUCCCCAACGCGCUGGGUAGAAAGCAGUGGCGGGUUGCCCCCGGUUCGCACCGGUUCUAUAGAACUGGUAGUAAAACUGGUGGGAGGCUCCGCCCACCGAUCCCGACGUCACCAUAACGUUUCUGCACAUGCACAGAAGCUUCUGCGCAUGUACAGAGAAGUGUGCACGCGGCCCCGCUGUGAACCGGUAGUAAAGGUAAGGAGCCUUGGUAGUACAGUGGUCUAAAGCACCCUGUUAUUAAGACCAGCUGCCUGCAAUUACUGCAGGUUCGAAUCUCGCCAGGCUCAAAGUUGACUCAGCCUUCCAUCCUUUCUAAGGUAGGUAAAAUGAGGACCCAGAUUGUGGGGGCAAUAAGCUGACUUUGUAUAAAUAUACAAAAGGAUGAAGGCUAUUGCUUAGCGCAUUGUAAGCCGCCCUGAGUCUCUGGAGAAGGGUGGCAUAUAAAUAAAAAAAUUUAAAAAAUUAAAAAUUAAUUAAUUAGAACCCACCCCUGGUAGAAAGGCUUAAAAUGGAACUGGAGAUUAUGACAAGGCCAGAGGUGGUAUUCAGCCAGUUUGGGCAAACCGGUAGUAGCGACCUGCAGGCUCAAUCCUGUCCUAUAUUGCUGUGUUUUUGACGCCGUACGCAUGUGCGGAUGGCACGCGUGAGCAAAUUGCCGUGUUGUUUGGCGCCGCAUGCAUGCACUCACAUUUCCGGUGCUGGGUGAACCGGUUGGAACAGUAUGUGAAGGCCACCUCUGGACAAGGUCCAUAAUUUUCUGAUCUAAAAUCAGAGGUGGGCUUGACAUACUGUUCCAACCAGUUCACCUAGCACCGAAAAUGUGAGCACGUGUGCGCCAUCCACGCAUACAUGCGGCGUUACAAAACACAGCAAUUCGCUCACAGGCGCUGUUCGCACAUGUGUGCAGCAUCCAAAGUGCUGCACCAAGGAGCCUUGGUGGUGCAGUGGGCUAAAGUGCUGUUAAAUAGCACCAGGUGCCUGCAAUUACUGCGCGUUCAAAUCUCACCAGGCUCAAGGUUGACUCAGCCUUCCAUCCUUCCGAGGUAGGUAAAAUGAGGACCCGGAUUGUGAGGGCAAUAAGCUGACUUUGUAUAAAAAAAGAACACCGCUUGGGGGGGGCCAAAAGCCCUACUAAGCAGGUAUAUACAAAAGUAUGAAGGCUAUUGCUUAAUUCAUUGUAAGCCACCCUGAGUCUCCGGAGAAGGGCGGCAUAUAAAUCGAACCAAUAAAUAAAUAAAAACUCAGCAACAUAGGAUGGGAUUGCCCACCCGCAGGUUCGAACCGGCUGUAUACUGCCGAACUGGCUGAAUACCACCUCUGUCUAAAAUGACUUUUGGCGUUGCAGGUAAAGUCCUGCUUAACACCGGAAGUGAUUAAGUUGGGGAAUGAACAGCUGGACUGGAUCAAGGAGCCCAAAUCACAAUUCCAGCUGCAUCUGAGGGUUGUGUCCAAAUUCCUGCUCUUUAGUGAGCCACCUGUAACAUGGCUGGGGUGCCCAUGUUCAUAUGUGCAAAUAAAUAAAAUUAGAUGUCUGAGGCUGCCCCUUUGCCUCUGUAGCACGGUCAUCCCCUUGAGGCACCCAAACGCCAACGUUUGCCCUCCCACCCAAGAGAAAUGCGGGCUGCCUAUUUCCAUUGGUGGCAGAGGGAAGAAGUUGGAUUCUAGUGGCUCGGGCAGGUUGAACUGCCUAAACCUGGAUUCACAUUUUCCAAAACAGCAAAUGGCUCAUUUUCGCCUUUUAAGUGGAAGAGGGGGGGUUAUGGGGUUCUAUGGAGAAUGCCAGCAUUUGAGGAAAAGGAUGUUUGGCCAAGGAAACCCCCCUGGAGUGGUACAUUCCUGAAUUAGGCACUCUAUUGCAGGGCUAUCCAACCUUGGCAACUUUAAGACUUGUGGACUUCAACUCCCAGAAUGCCCCAGCCAGCCAUGGGAAUUCUGGGAGUUAGAAGUCCACAAGUCUUAAAGUUGCCAAGCUUGGGCACCCGUGUUCUAUUGCUUUAAAUCAAUUGGGAAUAUCCUAAAAUUUGGACUGAAAAACUGCAGAAUCGCUCAGUCUAGAAGAGACGGACCAACGGAGGGAAACUAAUCACGGAGAGAAACAUUCUAGAACCAGGGAGAAACUUCUUAACAGUGAGGACAAUCAACCAGUGGAACAGCUUUGCCUUCUGAAGUUGUGGGCGCUUCAUCACUGGAGGUGUUUAAGAAGAGACUGGACAGACACUUGUCUGAAUUGGCAUAGGGUCUCCUGCUUGAACGGGGCUGGACUAGAAGACCUCCAAGGUCCCUUCCAGCUCUAUUCUGAUUGAGUUGAGGUUUGCAUCUCUCCAGAACCAGGGCUAGAAAUGGGGGGAGAGGCCUUGCUUCCAAAAGGCCUGGCAUCUAUUGGAAGUGCCAGGUUCUCUUCCUUAUUCUCUCUGCAAGGAGAGGGAACUGCAGCGUCUGCACCCCAAACUCCUUGGUGCCAAUUGGUCUUCAACAAAGCAAAUGGAUGGGAGAAAAGAACCCCUCAUUUUUUUUGUCUAUUCCCCGCCCUCCUCAAAAAAUCUGGAACAGAUAGUACUUUUAAUAAUUCCACUGUGGUAAAAUAUCGGCUAGCAAUUAUUUUUUUUUAAGACUUGCAUCCUUUAAAAAUAGGGCAAUACAGAGACGUGCAAUGAACAGUAAGCAAAAUAACAAUAGUUGGAAGGGAUCUUGGAGGUCUUCUAGUCCAACCCCCUACUCAAGCAGGAGACCUUUAUACCAGGGGUCAGCAACCUGUGGCUCUGGAGCCACAUGUGGCUCUUUCACCCCUCUGCUGCGGUUCCAUCACUCAAAAUAUGUGUCACAACUGCCAGUGUGUGACACCCGCCGGCACGUGAUUUAUUGAGCUUUUCAACCCCCGGUAGGCCAACCAUGGAUAAAUCCAAGAAAAGAAAAAUUUCAGAAGAAAACAGAACAUUUAAUUCAACUACAUAUACUAGUUUUGUGGCUGCUCAAUAAAUAGUCAGGCACGGGAAGGGUUUUGUGGCUCCCGGUGUUUUCUUUUCUGUGGGAAACGGGUCCAAAUGGCUCUUUUGAGUGUUUAGGGUUGCAGAUCCCUGCCCUAUACCAUUUCAGACAAGCGACUGUCCUGUCUCUUCUUAAAAGCUCCAGUAAUGGAGCAUCGACAAUCUGGAGACAAGCUGUUCCACUGAGAUAGUUCUAGGUUGCUUCUCUCCUUGAUUAGUUUCCAUCCAUUGCUUCUUUGUCCUGCCUUUGGAGAAUAGAUUUGGUGACCUAAAUUGGAUGCAGUUUUCCAGGUCUUACUAAGCAAGAUGAGUUGGAGGGCGGGGGGACAUUUUUUGGCUGCAGCUCAGUCCUAGCAAGCCGCUGAGUUUAAUAUCUGGGAGAUUACCACCCCAUCCCCACCCCUGGCAUGUUUGUUGGGAUGUGACCUGCUUACUUCCAUCCAAUACAUGGCAAUCCCCAUGUAAAAAGCUGAUAUGGUAGUAACGACACCCUUCUCCCUGCCUUCUCCCUGACAUCUGUGCUUUCUACGCAGAGGAACAAGUGUGUUUUGUCCUGUCAGUCCUUAUCUGCAGCCCGAGCUGGUUUAGGCCUCACAGGCCUGGUUUUCUUGUCACCCCAAGGUGCGUCCCUCUGGAAGGGUCCUAGAUGAGAUCCUGGCUGUCUAGCAGGGAAUUGGCGCAUGCUGAUGACCUACAGUAGUGGCCAAAAUUGUGGAAACCAUUUGGGGAAAGUGUAUUUUUGAGGUUUGAUGGCUAAUAACACCACUUGUUUUUUGGAGUUUUAAGAUAAUCAUAUUCCACUGCUGGAAUGGCCUGGGAAUAGCCCAAGUCUUAACCCAAUUGAAAAUCUAUGGAGCCGACUAAAGAAACUUGUUAGUCAGAAGCGACCCAGCAACAAAACCCGGUUAACAGAAGCAAUCAUUCAAUCUUGGUUUCACAUUAUAACAGCUGCAGAACUAAAAGACUUGAUUCACUUCUUGGGAAGACAUUGUAAGGCCAUAAUUCAUGCUAAAGGUUACCCAACUAUUAACUGACAUGGUGAUAAUUUUUGUAUAUCUCAUUUUUUUUUACAUGUUUCACUUUUCUUCUUUAUACUGUAACUGCUAUUCUAAUAGCAAAUCCUUCAUAAAAAUUAUUGCAUUACAUCCUUGAUUAAAUUAUCUUUCCAUUGAUAUAUAAUAUUAUGGUACUACUCCAAAAAAAUGGUGUUAUUAGCUAGUUUUAGAAAAUACACUUUUCCCAAAAGGUUUCCACAAUUUUGGCCACUACUGUAUGUGAAUUAUUUUCCCGGAAUCCUCUGCAGAGGGUCAUUUCCCCAAAUCUCAUCCCUUCUGUAAGAGACACUCAGAAGCUGACUGUCUGGGGAAUUCUGGGAGUUGCAGUUCACGUGUCUUAAACUUGCUGAGAUUGAAAAACAGCUUCUGAGUGUCGCAGACUUUUCUCCAUGGAAAUAGUUCUCUCAGAGGCAAAAAGUUUGAAAGCCAGGAUCCUCGGGCCAAAAACAUCCUUUCUCACCUCCGAGUAGUCUAAGGAAAAGGUGCUUCUGAGGCGUCAUCAUCUCUUUAGCAAGAUCCAUCCAAAAGAACAUGGUUUACCUGAUCUUAUUAUUUUUCUCCUUCACCCAGACCAACCCUGUAUCUUUACAAUAUGGAAGGUUGUUUUAACAGUUUUUUUUUUUUCCAAUGCAAGAUCUCUCUUGGGUUAUUUUUUUUUUCUCUUUUAAGUUUUGAAAAUAUCCAAUAAAAGUUUGUAAAUUU